UCCGCUUGACUCGUUAUUAGUGUUGAAAAGGGACUUUGUGAAACUGCAGCGAUGUCAGUCCAGGUUGUGGCAGCGAAAAUGGCAGAGGUCGAACUCAAAGACGUUCCCACCGGCAAAGACCUGGCGGCUGGAUCCCCGUUGACACCAACGUCGCAAGGCAAGAGUCUCGGCAGGAUCGAGCCACACGAGGCCGGUUCCUCUGCCGUUGCGUCCCCAACAGCGGAGCCCUCCGCGAAAGCCGGGGGAGCCAGCCUUGGCUUGCUCACGCCGAACCCCAUGAAGAUGCCGCAGGCGUCGGCUAUGAAGCGGUCGGACCCGCAGGAGAACGGCGGAGAGGCUUUUGUCAACCGUGACGGUACCGUGGCCGAGGCUCCGCGAAUGAAGAAGAUCCAGUUUGCCGACCAGAAACAGGAGUUUAACAAGCGCCCCUCCAAGAUUGGCCGGCGCUCUCUGUCCCGCUCCAUUUCCCAGUCCUCCACAGACAGCUACAGCUCAGCGGCGUCGUACACGGACAGCUCCGACGACGAGACAUCUCCUCGGGACAAACAGCAGAAGAACUCCAAGGGCAACGGGGACUUCUGCAUCAAAAACAUCAAACAGGCCGACUUUGGACGCCGAGAAAUUGAGAUCGCAGAGCAAGAGAUGCCAGCACUGAUGGCCCUUAGGAAGCGAGCCCAGGGGGAGAAACCCCUCGCCGGAGCCAAGGUGGUGGGCUGCACUCAUAUUACCGCCCAGACUGCUGUGCUGAUGGAGACUCUGUCAGCUUUGGGGGCUCAGUGCAGAUGGGCUGCCUGCAACAUUUACUCCACCCAGAAUGAAGUGGCAGCUGCCCUGGCAGAGGGAGGCUUCAGUGUAUUUGCAUGGAAGGGGGAGUCGGAGGACGACUUCUGGUGGUGCAUCGAUCGCUGCGUUAACGUGGAAGGCUGGCAGCCAAACAUGAUUCUGGACGACGGUGGAGACCUGACUCACUGGAUUUAUAAAAAGUACCCCAACAUGUUCAAGAAGAUCAAGGGCAUCGUAGAGGAGAGCGUUACCGGUGUGCACAGGUUGUAUCAACUGUCCAAGGCAGGAAAGCUGUCCGUUCCGGCCAUGAACGUCAACGACUCUGUGACUAAGCAGAAGUUUGACAACCUUUAUUGCUGCAGGGAGUCCAUCUUAGACGGCCUGAAGAGAACCACUGAUGUCAUGUUUGGGGGCAAACAGGUGGUGGUGUGUGGAUACGGAGAGGUUGGAAAAGGCUGCUGUGCUGCCCUGAAAGCAAUGGGCUCCAUCGUCUACGUCACCGAGAUCGACCCCAUCUGUGCUCUGCAGGCCUGCAUGGACGGCUUCAGGCUGGUGAAGCUGAACGAAGUCAUCAGACAAGUGGACAUCGUCAUCACCUGCACGGGCAAUAAGAACGUGGUGGUGAGAGAGAACCUCGACCGAAUGAAGAACGGCUGCAUCGUCUGCAACAUGGGACACUCCAACACCGAGAUCGAUGUGGCAAGCCUGCGAACUCCUGAGCUGACCUGGGAGAGGGUUCGCUCUCAGGUGGACCACGUCAUCUGGCCCGAUGGCAAGAGGAUAGUGCUGCUGGCUGAGGGUCGACUGCUGAACCUCAGCUGCUCCACUGUUCCCACUUUUGUGCUCUCCAUCACCGCCACUACCCAGGCUCUGGCUCUGAUAGAGCUGUACAACGCCCCAGAGGGACGCUACAAGCAGGAUGUUUACCUGCUGCCCAAGAAGAUGGACGAGUAUGUGGCCAGCCUACAUCUGCCGACAUUUGACGCACAUCUGACGGAGCUGAGCGACGAGCAGGCCAAGUAUCUGGGCUUGAACAAGAACGGACCCUUUAAGCCAAACUACUAUAGGUAUUAAAUCAGCGUCGCGUGGACUGGAAACACCAAUACUCCAUGAAUCGCACAGACUCAUAGAGGGAGAGGAGGAGGAGGAGGAGGAGGAGGAGGAAGAGGAGGACAGAAUAGUCAACACACCUGCUUUAUUUU